AUGGGACUUCCCUUGAACAUCGGCCGCGUACUCAAGUAUUAUCGGAGACGUCCUACCGAUCGCAUCCACACUAAACCGAAGCCUGAAACCAAAAAGGCCAACAAGGGCAAGUCCGGCCCCAAAACUAAGGCUGAGCCUGCGAAGGAAAAAGAGGGCGAUGCUACCAAUUCCGCCCCUACAGAAGAGAUUGGGUUGGCAGAUGACACCACUUCUACAGACAAAGAUGACACUCCUUCAACGGACAAGGAUGACAUUGCAGAUGGAAACAGAUCCGCCGCAGAUGAAGAGGACGACUACGAUCCUUGGGGCAAUAAGGACAUAUGGGGGAAGCAUUACGCAGAAUACGAUACCCAUCGCUUGAUGAGGCGGCAGUAUUUCCGCAGAAACGCACCCUGGAGCCCCCGUAUCGCCAACACAGCCACAACUACCACUAGGCACCAGCGACCAACAGGGCCGGCUUAG